AAAAAGAGAGAAAUGAAAGAAACUCUACCAUUCUUUGUCCUUUAGGUCAGCCGCAUACCCCCAUCGCGUAGCACCCAGCGCGCACAUACACCUUCGACUUCCCAGCCACUGCUGAGCGCCGGGACCGCCAUUCGUCGCCGUCGGGGAGGUUAUCAUUGGUAGGGUUCCAGCCGCCGUCCGUGAUUCUGAGAGCCGCCGAACGUCGCUGCAGGUGGAGCGCGAGUUUCGCUGCCGGCCGUCGUCGCAGCCACCGCCUUUUUAUCGUCUUUCGUUGGCUGUUGAACGUCAGGCGUAGAUAGACUGAAGAUUGGCACCUCAAAUCUCUAGUGAAAAUGUUAUUUUUCUCGUACUUCAAGGAUUUGGUGGGCAGAGAGGUGACAGUUGAGUUGAAGAACGACCUAGCAAUUAGAGGAACUCUGCAUUCUGUUGAUCAGUAUCUCAACAUCAAACUGGAAAACACGAGGGUUGUUGAUCAAGACAAAUACCCUCACAUGCUUUCUGUGAGAAACUGUUUUAUUAGGGGAUCGGUGGUGAGAUACGUUCAACUUCCACCAGAUGGUGUUGAUAUUGAGCUGUUGCAUGAUGCCACGAGACGUGAGGCUCGGGGAGGCUAAUGUCACUUUGUUUGGAAGUUUGUAUUGAAUAGCAUGGAAAUUAUUAGAGUGCACUUUUUAGCAUAAUGCAAUGUGAGACAACUAGAAGCUUGUACAUUCUGCUCAAGUAUUCUGGAGCAAAGAAUCCAAAGAGAUUCUUCUAUUCAGCAGGUAAUAGUGCAACCAAGGGUUGUGGCCUUCACGAUGACAAAAAUAUUGUUAUGCAUAUGCUCUUCAAUUCACUUUUGAAUAA